AUGGCGGCUACCGAAAAUUCUGGUAUCAGCCUUAUGACCCAAUACUCUAUAGUUCUACCGAAGAGGCAGGCAACUGACUCUUCCGGCAAACCUAUACCUGCAUGCGACCCCGAUCAAUGUGCUGCGGCAAUAAAGGGGGAGGGAGUCCCCACCGAUAUAAGCUCGUUUUGGCAUCAGAGAGCAGUUAUACGUGGGAUUCGUGAUUCACUUCAAUUUGCAACAAGCCCGGCAAUUAUUGAGCUAUGCUCCGGUGACGAUGGUCAGGCCCAUCAAUUUUCCCGCGCCCGCAAUGCUCGCCUGAUAAUGAGUGAUGCAAUCCCCGAUAUGCAAAAUCCUGCCACUCAGCCGUACUGUAUAUGGUAUCCCGAGCUUGCAUCAGAAGAAACAUAUCGCAAAGUUGCCCAUCAGUAUCCGUCUAUGCGGUAUCAAGUAGGCCGAGCGUGUGCUGCAGCAUGCUAUACGGAUCUUUACAAAGAAUUGGACCUUCUGCCUGACGUUUCUAUCUCGGAAGAAUCCCGCGAAGUCGACAAAGACGCCGAAAUCUACAAGCUUAUCAUGUCCGCCUCCCAGCGAUAUGUUGUCAUGGAAGAUUUCUCUCGAUCCGUUCAUCUUGAAACCCCACGAACACCUGCGUUUCUGAAUGGGGAUAUGAAGCCCCGAUGGGCUUUGGGGCAGCGAGUUCUCCCUGGUAAAAAUUUAUCAGAGACGACUGCUGAUGAUAUUGACAUCGAGGAAGAUGGAUUUAUCGGCUUGAAGGAUAUCAACCCAGUGGAGGACUACGCUCAACUGGGCCCAGGCCAAUCCGAUCAAUUGUGGAUGCCUCUUCCGCUUGAUCUCCCAAUUCUCGAAAAGCGCCUUCAGACACAAAUGGCCGCGUGGGAGGGCAAUGUGGAUCGAUACAGUCGACUAAUGCACCCACGCAGGCUGAGAACCAAACUUGAAUACAAUUGUGUUCUUCGUGGCAUUUAUCACAGUACAACCUUCGCCAGAUGGUGGGCCUAUCAGCUGGAAACAAACCCUGGACGGGCUAUCCUCCCAGGUAAAUUGCUUGGCCAAGGCAAUGAACGGGAGUGCAGGGAGAUUCGCAGUGCGAUUAAUGCCCGUAUGAUAAUGAACAAUGAUAUCUCUGGUAUCGACGAUGACUCGGACUGCCUCCCGUGGGUCAUAUGGGGGCCCGUGAAGCCCUCUGAGAACACUUUAGCUGAUCUGGUUCGAAAGUGUCCGUCCAUGGGACAUCAAGUUGCGAUCACUUGUAUAAUAUGUGAUUACCAAUCGAUAUUCGGAAGGUUGAAGCCCCCCUACACCAAAUCCUUGUAUGUGGCUGCCAGGCGAAGUGAAAAUCCAUUUUACCUACAAUACCUUGAGGAAAUCAUGAAGAAGCACGACAUAACUCCCCCGGACUUUCACAAGUUCAAGGACUUUGAUCACAUUGCACCAGGCUUGCAGACUGAUCUGGAGCCUAGAGAUGAUCUCACUGAUCACACUGUCAGGUACUAUGACAUGGAGAUCGGGUAUGGGCAAUAUCAAUGUGGAAAUGAACACGAAGAAACUCCAGGUACAUAUGGAGGUGGGCUAGCGAAUGCGGGAAUGGUGGAGAGAUACAUGUGGCUCUCAACUGAAACUGCACAGAAGUUAAAAGAUGAAGUUGAGAUACUCUACCCAGGUGCGGAUACUGGUCUUUUGUAUGGCGAUGAUGAACUUUAUUCCAAGCUUUCACGCGGUAUACAGCCCAUGGAUUGGUAG